GAUGCAGCAGCUGUUUUACGAAAACUACGAGCAGAACAAAAAAGGCUACAUCCGAGACCUGAGGAACAGCAAAAUCCACCGAGCUAUAACGCUGCACCCCAAUAAGAACCCCCCGUACCAGUACAGGCUUCACAGCUACAUGUUGAGCCGCAAGAUCGCGGAGCUGCGCCACAGGACCGUGCAGCUGCACCGGGAAAUUGUCCUCAUGAGCAAAUACAGCAACACAGAAAUCCACAAAGACGACCUGCAGCUGGGGAUGCCGCCUUCCUUCAUGCGAUUCCAGCCCCGGCACCGGGAAGAAAUCCUGGAGUGGGAGUUUCUUACGGGCAAGUAUUUGUAUUCGGGCGCCGACGGGCAGCCCCCUCGGAGAGGAAUGGACUCGUCGCAGCGCGAAGCGCUGGAUGACAUUGUGAUGCAGGUCAUGGAAAUGAUCAACGCCAACGCGAAGACCCGGGGAAGGAUCAUCGAUUUCAAGGAAAUCCAGUACGGCUAUCGCAGAGUCAACCCCAUGUACGGAGCCGAGUACGUUCUUGACCUGCUGCUUCUGUACAAAAAGCAUAAGGGGAAGAAGAUGACGGUGCCGGUCAGGAGGCACGCGUACCUGCAGCAGACGUUCAGCAAGAUCCAGUUCCUGGAGCACGAAGAGAUGGACGCCAAGGAGCUGGCCAGCAAAAUCAACCAGGAUUCCGGAUCUCUGUCUUUCCUCUCCAACUCGCUGAAGAUGUUUGUUCCCUUCCAGCUCAGCAGAUCGAAAGUAGAGAGGAAGGAACUCAAAGACAAGAAGAUCAACAUCCUCAUUCCUCUCUUGGGACGUUUUGACAUGUUUGCCAGGUUCAUGGGGAAUUUCGAAAAGACGUGCCUCAUUCCAAACCAGAACGUCAAGCUGGUCGUCCUGCUUUUCAAUUCCAACUCCAACCCCGACAAAGCGAAGCAGAUCGACCUGAUGAGAGAUUACCGCUCCAAAUACCCUAAGGCCGACAUGCAGGUUUUACCGGUGUCGGGGGAGUUCUCGAGGGCGCUGGCUCUGGAAGUUGGAUCUUCUCAGUUCCAGAACGAGUCUUUACUUUUCUUCUGUGACGUUGACUUGGUGUUUACCACAGAAUUCCUCCAGCGGUGUCGAGCCAAUACGGUUUUGGGUCAACAAGUAUACUUCCCCAUCAUUUUUAGCCAGUACGAUCCAAAGAUUGUUUAUAGUGGAAAAGUUCCUAGUGACAAUCAUUUUGCCUUCACCCAGAAAACGGGUUUCUGGAGGAACUACGGCUUUGGGAUUACCUGUAUUUACAAAGGUGAUCUUCUUCGAGCAGGUGGUUUUGAUGUCUCCAUCCAAGGUUGGGGCCUCGAAGACGUCGACCUCUUUAACAAAGUCAUUCAAGCUGGCUUAAAAACUUUCCGAAGCCAAGAAAUCGGAGUAGUCCACGUGCAUCACCCUGUUUUUUGCGACCCUAACCUUGAUCCAAAACAGUAUAAAAUGUGCUUGGGGUCCAAAGCUUCGACUUAUGGGUCCACGCAGCAGCUGGCUGAAAUAUGGUUUGAAAAGAACGACCCAAAUUUUGGGAGAAGCAGCAAUACUAAUGGCUCGGUGAGGACAGCCUAAUGUCCAGCUAUGCUGGAGAAGACUUUUUUUUUAAUUAUCUAAUUUAUUUUUGGGAAAAUGUUUUUUGAUAAUUCACUUUUAAAAGACCGCACAGGAUAUAUUUUAGAA